UAGGUCAGCCCUGGCAUGUCGAUUUUCCCGAGUUGCAGUGAGAAACUCGGGGACCGAGGGUCUAUGCACUUUCCCAAAUGGAGCGGAGACAGAUAAGAUAGAUCAACAAACACAUUUUCACCCAUUUAUUUUUAAGUGGCCUGAGUGUCAGCGGCCAUGGGUGACACGGAGUUGGAGCUGUCGCCAGCCCACCAGCAGGAGGCGCUGCAGAAGAGCCUGUCUGCUUCCUCCCUGUCCCUGUCCACUUCCUCCUCGCUGUCGCUGCCCUCCUCGCCCUCCUCGGGCCCCUGUGCUCUCCCUGCCAGCCCCAGCAUCAGCACCAGCACCAGCGGUGACGGAGGACUGCCCCUCACGAGCAGCAGCAGCCCCUCGCUUGACGUCAUCACCGAGGGCGUGGGCGAACUGUCGGUGGUCAUCGACCCCGAGGUGGCCAAGCUGGCCUGCCAGGAGGUGCUGCAGAAAGUGAAGCUCCAGAAGGGGGAGCUGGAGGUGACGCUGCCCAAGGAGGUGACUGAGGUGACGGCGGCAGUGACCGAGACUCCCGCGUUAGCCAACGGGGUAGCCACCCCCGUCAGAGACGAGCCGGUUGACCUUGUCACCGCGAACCUUGUCCUGGCGAAGCCUGGUGGGAAGGUUGUCGGCUGCGGCGGCGAGGAGGAGGAGCCGGAGCCGGCGUCUGCGUCUCCGGCGUCGGGCUCGGCGAAGAGCGCGCGGCGGCGCCAGAAGCAGCACAACUCCUCCAAGCAGUCGUGGCUGCUGCGGCUGUUUGAGUCGAAGCUCUUCGACGUCUCCAUGGCCAUCUCCUACCUGUACAACUCCAAGGAGCCCGGCGUGCAGGCCUACAUCGGCAACCGCCUCUUCAGCUUCGCCUACGAGGACGUGGACUUCUACCUGCCGCAGCUGCUCAACAUGUACAUCAACAUGGACGAGGACGUGGGCGACGCCAUCAAGCCGUACGUGGUGCACCGCUGCCGGCAGAGCAUCAGCUUCUCGCUUCAGUGCGCCUGGCUGCUGGGCGCCUACUCGUCCGACAUGCACAUCUCCACGCAGCGGCACUCGCGCGGCACCAAGCUCCGCAAGCUCAUCCUGUCGGACGAGCUCAAGCCCUCCGGAUCCAGGCUGCGGCCGCCGGUCCCCUACCCGCCGCCGUUGGCGACCGCCCUGCACCACGAGCACAGCCUGUCGCCCUCCAAGCGCACGCACCAGCGCUCCAAGUCUGACGCCACAGUCAGCAUCAGCCUCAGCAGCAACCUCAAGCGCACGGCCAGCAACCCCAAAGUGGAGGCCAACCAGGAUGAGCCCGUGCGCCUCACGCCGCAGAGGGAGUUCAUCAAGUCCCUGAUGGGCAUCGGCAAGCGCCUGGCCACCCUGCCCACCAAGGAGCAGAAGACCCAGCGCCUCAUCUCGGAGCUGUCGCUGCUCAACCACAAGCUGCCCGCGCGCGUCUGGCUGCCCACGGCGCCGUUUGACCACCAUGUGGUCCGUGUGCCCCACACGCAGGCCGUGGUGCUCAACUCCAAAGACAAGGCUCCCUACUUAAUCUAUGUGGAGGUUCUGGAGUGUGAGAACUUUGAGACCUCCAAUGUCCCGGUGCGGAUUCCAGAGACGCGAAUUCGCAGCACGCGCUCAGUGGAGAACCUUCCGGACUGUGGCAUCACGGCUGAACAGCGAGCAACCAGCUUCUACCCUGUGCCCAACUACGACAACGAUGACGAGGCCUGGUCUGUGGAUGACAUAGGAGAGCUCCAAGUGGAGCUGCCAGAAAUCCACACCAACAGUUGUGACAACAUCUCCCAGUUCUCCGUGGACAGCAUCACGAGCCAGGAAAGCAAGGAGCCCAUCUUCAUUGCCGCAGGGGACAUCAGACGGCGCCUCUCAGAGCAAUUGGCUCACACGCCCACAACGUUCAGAAGGGACCCAGAGGAUCCCUCAGCGGUCGCCCUCAAGGAGCCCUGGCAGGAGAAAGUGCGGCGGAUAAGAGAGGGCUCGCCCUAUGGGCACUUCCCCAACUGGCGCCUGCUGUCCGUCAUUGUGAAGUGUGGAGAUGACUUGAGGCAGGAGCUGUUGGCCUACCAAGUGUUGAAACAACUACAGAGCAUCUGGGAACAGGAGCGGGUGCCUCUGUGGAUCAAGCCGUACAAGAUCCUGGUCAUCUCCUCGGACAGCGGCAUGAUCGAGCCGGUGGUGAACGCCGUGUCCAUCCACCAGGUGAAGAAGCAGAGCCAGCUCUCGCUGCUGGACUACUUCCUGCAAGAGCACGGCAACUACACCACCGAGGCCUUCCUCACCGCGCAGCGCAACUUUGUGCAGAGCUGCGCCGGCUACUGCCUCAUCUGCUACCUGCUGCAGGUCAAGGACAGGCACAACGGAAACAUUUUGUUGGACUCGGAAGGGCACAUCAUCCACAUUGAUUUCGGCUUUAUUCUGUCCAGUUCCCCAAGGAACUUGGGCUUUGAGACGUCAGCCUUCAAACUAACCAGCGAGUUUGUUGAUGUUAUGGGUGGCUUGGAUGGGGACAUGUUCAACUACUACAAGAUGCUCAUGCUGCAGGGCCUCAUCGCUGCACGGAAGCACAUGGAGAAGGUGGUCCAAAUAGUGGAGAUUAUGCAGCAAGGCUCCCAGCUGCCCUGCUUCCAUGGGUCCAGCACCAUCCGUUACUUGAAGGAGCGCUUCCACAUGAGCCUGACGGAGGAGCAGCUGCAGGUGCUGGUGGAGCAGAUGGUGGACGGCUCCAUGCGCUCCAUCACCACCAAGCUGUACGACGGCUUCCAGUACCUCACCAACGGCAUCAUGUGACCUGGGGUGGCCACUGGGAUGCCUCUGCAAACCCUAUUGGGCCAACUGCUCCUCCUGGAAUGGAUGCGGACCAGAGCACAGGAUUUUUUUUUUUUUUUUACUUUUUUUUGUUUUUACUUUACAGAAGAAAGGCGGCACCACUUGCAAUGCAAAAGACCACUCCUUCCUCCUCUUCCUCCUCCUCCUCACACUGCCCCAUCCCUCUUGGUCAUCCUCUGCUUUCCAGUCAACACUCUUAUCAUACACAUAUGCACACACACACAUACACAAACAUCUUUUCUCUGUUGUGUUUGUCAGCCCUUGAGAGCCAACCCUACCAACUAGACUGAUAUCUUAUCUCAUGGAUUUUAUACCCUGACUGAAGAGGUCUCAGCUGUGAAGUUAAAGUUCUUUUUUUUUUUUUUUCUUUUUAAAUUGUUUUUGAUUUCUCCUUUUAUGUUUUUUUCAUUCUCUCCUGUUGUCUCCUUGCUUCACCUCCUGACCUCCUGGCUGUUGUUAUUUUUGUUGUGUUGUGUAUUUAUUAGUCUUCUCCUCUUGAGACCCCUGUGUAAUAAGUUUGUAAUGGUUUUUGUCCAGCUUCCCCAGUGCCUCUCAGAAACUCCCCAGAGGCUCUUCAGCACACAGGCUUUCCUUCGCUCCAGCAUCCAGUCAGCGACGCCUCACUUUCACCAUGUCUGUGGGACUACACCCCUCCCCCCCCCUUCCCCCAUCAUUGUGUGUAAAACGCCUAAUCACUUUCCUAUACACAAAUCAGGCGCCAUGCUCCAGAACUGGUUUCCCAACUCCAGUAGGCAGUAGCAGCAGAGAGUGGGAACCUGUGGGAAGUAGCCAGUACAGUCAUUCAGUCUUCUCCUUUGGAUUAGCCCACCUGUUAGACGUGUGAAAAGCCUGCUCAUGAGUAGGAGCCUCUCCUAUUGAAGGAGCCUGAGCCUUCAGUUUUGAUGUGCUUUCUGGUUUCAGGUGUGACUAGUCAGUAUAUUGUUUGUCCAGUUUCUUUUUCUCAUUUUUCACCAUUUCUCCUAACCUGUAUCAGACCAACUGAUCCGUGGUACGUGGAGAUCCAAAGACAACUUAAUGACUAACGUUAGAUUAAUUUAACAUUUGGUAACAUUUGUAGUAUGUAGGGUAUAACACAAAAUUGAUCAGAAUGUGUGGUUGAGUUCUGAUUUAUCUGAGGGGGAAUAACUGGACUGUGUGUUACGAGAAAUAACUGAGAGCACUAUGUUGGUGUCGACACUCGACACAUCAGAGCAAUGAUACGAUUCUCUCACAUCAUCUCUCACAGGACUGUUCUGGGUGCAGAUGAUGAUCCAAGGUGUCCCUUUAUAUUUCAAGCUGCUAAUAUUUAGAAGUGGAAAACACCCAGUGCACAGCUCUCCUAGCUGAUCUCCAGUGAACCAAAACACAGUUCUGGGUAGCGUGCAGCUUUAAGCCUUCCCAGAUUUUUUCCUUUUUGAACUCGAGUUGAUCGAUCGGUCGGUCAGCAUGCAACCUCAGCUGUUUGUCCUCAUUUCAAAGUCGCUGGCAAGUUUUGUCCUUGUCAGACUUUUUGACUCAUGAAAUCAUCUGACGGAAGAGGAGAAGGAGGAAGCUGGAGCAGUCAUCUUUUUCCAUGUCGUAGUCUCUGAGCCACUGAACGUAUAGCAUUUGGCUGUGCUGGAGUAGAGUGUAACAGAAACACUGAUGCUCUUGUGAUCGAGUGCCUCUGAAGAUGUCGAGAGAAACCAAUAGGGCUUUCAAUCCAUGAUGUGGGACAAGACGAUACCAGACAUUUCAAUGAGCUUGUGGGGUAGAUGAAUGUCAGAGGUUUAAUAAAGGUUUUGGAGCUUUUUGAAGACACUUUACUUUUUCACAAGGGGGAGCUGAUAUGUUUAGGGACUAUGCCAUCAGAAAGACUGGUGUGAUGUUCCCUGAAACCAAUGAGUAUUUCCCUGCAUUUAAAAAAAAAUGCCAUCUGCAUUUCUCCCAAAGGUCUCAUGUUUCAAAAAACCUGUUUAAAAAAAAGCCUGUUUCUGAUUUGUAAGUCUCAAAAUGUGUGUGAACACAUAAGAACAAAUCAUUCAGAAUGUAUUUGUUUGUUGUAAACCUCCCUAACUCCUUUGCAAUCCCAUUUAGGAACUAUUCUUUUCAUUUUUCUACAACAUGUUUGUGUUUCUUUUGUCAGAUCUGUUUCUUUGUAACCUGUUUUAACGGACCAGCUCUUAUGAUCAUGUGAAUGACCUCCCUUAACUUGUGAAUGUCUCUUUGUAUAAUAAAUUAAAUGUACUUGUU